AUGUCUGCCAUGUUUGAAAGCUCCGCUGUAGGUCCUGCCCCUCUUCCUCCCACAGAUAUCCUUCUCAGCUUGCGAACAGGCAAAGUCCGCCCCAUGGGUGGAGUGAAGAUCCGCAGCGCCAUCAACAAGCGAGAUCGUCAAGGCAAAUGGGAAGUCACUCCUCUAGGACUUGUCGGCGACGAGCAUGACUACAUCCAUCAUGGCGGUCCUGAAAAAGCGCUGCAUCAAUACUGCGCCGCGCACUACGAUGCGUGGAACGCCGAACUCCCUGAUCGCCAAGAUCUCUUCAAGAUUGGUGGUUUUGGAGAGAAUCUCUCGACGAUGCACAUGUCGGAGCAGAAUGUCUGUAUCGGCGAUGUUUAUCGCAUAGGAAAGGAUUCUGUAACAAUCCAGGUGACAUCUCCUCGCCAGCCGUGCUACAAGCUGAACCAUCGUUUUCAACACAAGAAAGCUUCAGCCAUGGCGCAGUCAACUGGUCGUAUGGGUUGGUACUACCGUGUCAUCAAGACUGGCUUCAUCGAGCAGGGCGACGAGAUGGAACUUGUCGAGCGGAUCCACCCAACCUGGCCUCUUGCUCGUGUCCAGAACUACCUCUACCACGAAAAAGACAACUAUGAGGCAUUUCGAGAGCUAGCUAGUUUACCUGCCCUAUCUGAAGAGAUGUUGGACAUCUUCCGCAAACGUCUUGAACACGGUGCUGAAGACAUGAGUGGUCGUCUCGAAGGAGAUCGGACCCCUGUGGUCUGGCGACCCUAUAAGCUGGUCUCCAAAACGGAUCUUACCACGAGAGUCAAAUCUUUCGUCUUUGAAGUCGACAGUGACGAUGGAAAUGUCGAGGACUCGGUCUUUGAGCAAUUUCCUUUUGUGCGACUUCGAUUUGGACCAGGUGGGAGCUUGUCUCGUGCGUACUCUGUCGUGUCUGGCACUACGAACCGCUUCGAGCUAGGUGUUUCUCGAGAUGAUAAUUCACGAGGCGGGUCUGUCUAUCUGCAUGACAGUCUGAAAGUCGGUGACGUUAUCAAGAUCGCCCCUGGAUGCAACACCCCUGUGGCCCAGCACAAAAAUUCAGUUUCAAAGGCCGUUCAGCAUAUCUUCAUCAUUGGCGGCAUUGGGGUGACAGCAUUCCUCACUGAGAUUGAGAAGCUAUCAAGUAUCAAUGCAGAUGUACAAGUACAUUAUGCUGUGCGAAGCCAGAAAGAUGCAGCUUAUGUUGAACGCCUGCCACUCGACAAGACAACCAUUUAUGCCAGAGAUGAGGGCCAACGACUCAAUCUCAGUCAGAUCAUACCUAAACCUGAAGAUGAAAACAAAAGCACUACAGUCAUUUACUGCUGCGGCCCAACAUCUCUAAUGAAUGCCUGCCGCACUAUCACCAUGUCUCUCAGCUAUCCCAAAGCCAAUGCACAUUUCGAAGAAUUUGGCGAUGCGACAACGGGAACAGGAGAGCCAUUCGAAGUGGAAAUCAAGUCUACAGGUCAGACUUUUCAAGUGUCUCGUGAGAAGUCUCUUCUUCAGGUACUCUCAGACGCUGGAUUCGAGAUUGAGUCUUCUUGUUUGGUUGGGAACUGUGGGACGUGUAUGGUGGAUGUUUGCAAGGGAGAGGUGGAGCAUAAGGGUGUGGCUUUGAACGAUGAGCAGAAGAAGGAGUCGAUGUUGACUUGCGUCAGUCGUGGAAAGGAGAAGAUUGUGAUUGACUGUUAG